AUGGGCAUCAAAGGCCUCAUGAAGCUGCUGCAAGAGGAAGCGCCGUCCUGCAUCAAAGAGGUCGAAAAGAUGUCGGCACUCGCCGGGCACACCGUGGCCAUUGAUGCGAGUAUGGCGCUGUACCAAUUCCUCAUCGCUAUUCGGUCCGCCGAUGGCAGCGGAGGCGCGUCGCAAACGCUGACCAACGCAGAGGGAGAAGUGACGUCUCACUUGCAAGGAAUGUUCAGUCGCACGAUCCGCAUGAUGGAGAACGGACUCAAGCCCCUGUACGUGUUUGACGGCAAACCGCCCGUCAUGAAAAGCGGCGAGUUGGCGAAGCGGAGCGACCGUCGUAUCGAAGCGCAAAAAGCGCUGGAAGAAGCGACGGAAAAGGGCAUUGCCGAGGACAUUGACCGCUUCAACAAGCGGUUGGUGCGUGCGACACCCCAACAUAACGACGACUGCAAGGAGCUGCUUCGACUCAUGGGGGUGCCACACAUUACCGCGCCGUGUGAAGCCGAAGCUUCGUGUGCUGCGUUGGCGAAAGGUGGACGCGUCUAUGCAGCUGGGACAGAGGACAUGGAUGCGUUGACGUUUGGCGUACCUGUGCUGUACCGUCGCCUAACAGUGUCGCCGGCCAAGAAGGUGCCGAUCUUGGAGAUUCGGCUCGAACGGGCAUUGCACGAGAUGGGACUGAGCCACGACCAGUUUGUCGACUUGUGUAUCUUGUGUGGCUGUGACUAUUGUGACUCGAUUCGUGGCGUCGGGCCCAAGAAAGCAUACGCAGGGAUCAAGGAACACAAGAGCAUCGAGAACUUCAUUGAAGCACUGCAGAAGACCAAGAGCAAAGGUGUUGUCAUUCCGGAUGAGUGGCUGGGUGAGAACCCUAUUUACAAGAAUGCGCGCGAGAUGUUUAUUCAGCCAGAGGUCGUGAAUGCUGAGGAGGCAGAGAUCAAAUGGCGUGAUCCACAAGAGACAGAGCUGCUCGACUUCCUGGUCAAGAAACACGGAUUUCAAGAAGACCGCGUGCUAUCCGCUAUCACGCGACUGAAAAAAUCGAAGAGCACGCAGUCCCAGAAACGGCUUGACAGUUUCUUUACGGUGCUACCGAGCGCUGGAAAACCCGCGAAGAAGCGUCCGGCACCUGUGGUAGCGAAAACGGGCAGAAAAGCUCCCGUGAAGAGAGGCAAGCAAUAA